AGCAACUGGUCAUGGUGGAACUCUCAGGAAUUAUUGAUUCAGACUUCUUAGAAAAAUGUGAAAACAAAUGCAAGAUUUUGGGAAUAGAGACAGAGAGGCCCAUUUUACAAGUGGACAGAUACGUGUUUGCAGGAGAAUAUGAAGAUACCCUGGGAACCUGCGUGUUUUUUGAAGAAAACACAGAGCAUGAUGCAGAAGGCAACCAGAAAGUACAGCUGAAAUACAAGUGCCACACAAUGAAGAAGUUGAGUAUGACACGGACACUGUUGACAGAGAAGAAGGAAGGAGAAGAGAAUGUUGGUGGAGUGGAGUGGCUACAAAUCAAGGACAGAGACUUUUCCUACAGCAGGCCCAACACCAUCUGCAGCUUCCUGCGUGAAAAGGAGGAUUCUGAGGAGUCAGUUCAGGCCCAGGACAAAUUGACUGAAGAGUCAGAGGGAGAAGUGAGUGGUGGAGGAAAUUCUGACAUGAAUUGUAGUCUAGAGAAGCAGCACAGCUUGGAAACAGAUGCCUCUAUCCCUCUGCCUGACAGCCCUGCUUCUGGGGCAGAGGAUUCUCCUGCUGGAAAUGUUGCAUUAGAUGAGGUCCCUCCAUGAUACCAGCUCUGAUCUUGCCAGGAUUUCUUCAUGGUGUUAAUGGGCCAACUUUUAAAUGCCAAAUUUUGUAGACUGUGACAUGAUUUCGAUGUAUCUGAGCAAUUAAUAG